UGUAACCUGCACGUCCCUACUAGCGCAUUUUAGCAAAGCGUACGCGUGAUGAGUCGGAGGGCGAACGUUUAAACCGCCCCCUUUGCUCUCUCUCUCUUUUCUCUCCUCCUAUAUAUAUAAACUCUCAACGUUCCCGGCGAUUUCAGAACUCUGAAAGGAAAGCCGAAAAAGAUAAUAAUAAUCGUGAAGAAACCCUUUGUUCUCCGUGGAAUUCUGGAAGGAAAGAGUGUGAGAAAGCCCAGAGUUUGGAUGGUUGCAGAGAAGUCAAUGGCGAUGGGGUCCGGAAGAUCGAAGCCGCCGCUGCACAAUUUCACGCUGCCGUAUGGGCUCAAGUGGGGGAAUCAGAAGUUCUUGAGGUGCGGUAAGCUAGAUUCCGACGGAGAAAUCGCUGCCAUUCACCGGCGGCGCGGAUCAGAUGAGCGGGUUGGGAAUUUCCGGCGGGCGGACGUGGAAAACGGGAUCGCCGCCGUGAGGAAGAAGCUGAUGAAUGAUCUUCAGGCGGAGACGGAUAAGAUGAAAGACGCGAUUUUGAGAACGGGUCUGGAGGAGGAGGAAGAGGAAGUUCCGCCGCCGCCGCCGCAGGCGGCGGCGGCGGCGGUGGAAGAGGACAAUAUCAACAACGAACACUCUCCGCCGCCGCCGACCACUGUUCCCCCACCCGAAUCCGCCGGCGCCGCCGACCCGAAUAAGCCGUGGAGCUUGAGGACUCGCCGCUCAGCCUGUAAACCACCGAAUGGUUUCCCCGCCGAGGCCGGCGGCGGAUCGAGCCAGGCUUUUAAGGUUGAUGUAAUGAGGCCGGAAAACAACAAAUCUCCAUUACCAAUACUCCGAAGUGGCUUCGCCGCCGCCGCUGCACCGCCCACCGGCGGCGAGAAGAGAGAGAGAGCGAAGUUCUCCGUCCCGCUCGCCCGCCGUGAGAUCGAGGAGGAUUUCAUGGCCAUAAUAGGCCACAGACCCGCUCGCCGCCCCAAGAAACGAGCUAAAUUGGUCCAGAAAAGCUUAGAUACCCUUUUCCCGGGCUUGUGGUUGACGGAAAUUACAGCUGACUUAUACAAAGUUCCCGAUGAUCAGUAGAAUAUAUGAACAGGUGGGAGGUUGAUUUGCUGACAGGCAAUGGUAAAUUGUAACCAACCAACAACUAAUAUAGUGAGAUACUGCAAAAACUCUUUUUUUGUGAGACUGGGAAUUUGAUCAAAGUGUCGAGUUUCCUCGGGUUACAACAAAGCUUUACUCGCUUUGGAAAUGCUAAUUUUCGGUCCUAUAUUUCUUCAUAUUCUUUUCUUUUUUUUUUUAUGUGAUAGCGGGAAUAAGUUAAUGUAGUACAGAAAAGUUUGAUGAAUAUUCUUAUCUUUAUGACAAUUGUUCAUAGUUUGUGCUGAACUUCCAUUCUUCCAA